AUGAAGCUAUUCGCUCUUCUCGCGCUUGGCGCAAGCGUGGCUCUGUCCGCACCCACCCUGACCGACCGGCAGUCGGCCGCCUGCUUCGUCAUCGGUAAAGUCGCGCUGCCCGCCGAGGUGUCGGCCUCGGUGACGAGCAUCCAAAAUCGCAUCACCUGCAACACAGCCGUCAAGACGCUCUCGGGCGUGCCGGACGUCACGUCGGGCGGGAUCUCGUUCUCGUCGGUCAACUUCGCCACGUCCAAGCAGACGCCGCUGCAGUUCGCCCUCUCUAAGUUCGCGACUAAGACGCCGCUCGCGGCCAGCGACCUGGCCACGUUCGAGGCCGAGCUCGACGUGUACCUGGCCACUGAGGCCGGCAUCCGCUCCGUUGCCGGCAACCUCGCCAUCAAGGUCCCCAAGUUCUUCCUCGAGUUCCAGGUCUCGCGUAUCCAGACCGCCCAGGGAACCCCUCCCACCGCCCCCGGCCUGCAGGUCGACCACCUGCGCGACAAGGUGCUCAAGAAUGCGGCCGGCGAGAGCAAGGCCCUGCUGGCCCAGGUCACGGCGCUGGCCAAUGUGCUGAAGUAA